AUGGCACUUGCAAACUAUAUCAACUCCAAUUUUACAAGUAUAGAUGACUUGCAAUUUGUCAAUGCGAAAGUAGAUGCGUUGGGGGCCCUCAAUGAGCAAGUAAGGAAGAUCGUGGCAGACAAGUUAUCGGGUUUAGAAGGAGCUCCAUCAGGGGGAGAAACAGAACCAGAAUUGGAUAAGUCUAAGUUGAAUGACGCGGUGGAGAAAAUAAUAUCUGUUGUUCUGGUUGUAACGACGUUGGACGACUUGAAGGAGAGUUAUGACAAUGUGACUGCAUUGCUCCAUGAAUUCGGCGAUGUACCGGUAUUGAGGGAAUUGCAAAUUCAGAUCAAGAAGAAACAGGUGGCAGAAAUACAGAAGGAGUAUCUAUUGAAAUGUCAACAGAUUGAGACCAAACUAGCAAGCAACACUUCUUUGGAGGAUUUGCGCUCCCUUUCUCUGGAUGUGACUGAAUCGAAUGCACCCGAAUUGAUUUCACAAUUGGAACAUGAGAUUAGUCGAAGGAAGGAGAAGUUUGUGGAUGAAUUGCGUCAACUUGUUAAGGAAAGCAGAUGGUUGAAUAAAGCCACCGUGACGAAGGAAGCACUAUCUUUAAUAGCUGAAGUUACUGAGAAGUUGAUUCAAUUGCAAGCCAUUCGAAACACGCCAUCAUACCCUGGUACAUGGUGGGCGAUGGAAUGUCUAUUAGAACCACUAAAUACCAGAUUUCAUUAUCAUUUUGAUACCCCAAACAAAGACACUAAUAAGUUAUCAAAACCAGAAUGGGCGUUAAGCUUUGUUGAAAAUUGCUUGGAAGACAGCUUGCCUGUCAUAAACAUAAUUGUUGAGGAACCGUUCAAGAAAGUUGGUAAAGUUGGAACAUACGAGGCGAUUACGACUUUGCUUGUGCCUGUGCGUAACAAGAUGAACAAGGUGAUUCAAGUGAUCAAUACCAAUUUGAAAUCUGAAUAUGAUAACAAAGUGAGGGAGAAAUACGGUGUCUUAUUGUCACAUUUGAUAUUUGAAUUAUCCACAUUCGACCAAAGACUUCGGAACAAGUACAAGUACAACCCGUACUCAACGAUAUCGGCAACCCCGGCAAAGGAAAAGUGGACAGGAAUAACUGGUGAUAUAUUAUUAGACGAGCAUAAUCGUGCGUUUGAGAGUUGGCUAGAGUUUGAAAAGACGUUGGCGAUCAAGAGGUUCAACAACGAAAUUAUGAGUGCAAACGAUUGGAUGAAAAUUGAUUUCGAUUAUCAGCCAAACAAAAGAACUGGCAAGGAUACAACUGUUUCGAUGAAGUACUUACGGCCAACAUUUUCCGCCUAUGGACUUGUGAAACUUGUUGAAAAUUUGAAUUCUCACGUCCAAACACUUAGUAUUGUGAAAUUUCAAUUAAAAUACGUGUCCAGUAUUCAGUUGCAUUUGCUUGAUUUGUACUUGGAACAAUUGAUUCAGCAGCACAAACAAUUGACUGAUAAGAACACCAAGAGCGUGUUGACGAUGAUACCCGGUGGUAUUGACACCGACACGAAGUCUGUGAACAAACGCGAGACUGAAGUAAUUACCAGCUUGGAAAAGCUAACCGAAAUCUACUGCUCAACAAAGUUUGUUGGCGAUGGAAUCGAAAAAUGGAACGCUGAGAUUGUGUUUGUGCAGCUUUGGAAAAUGUAUCAAAGCUUUACGACACCCACUCUGGAUUUGGAAAGGGAUGAGGGGCUAUUCAGCGCAAUCUCGAACAAGUUUGAAGAACUACUUGACAGGACCUUGCAUAGUUAUUUGGGAAUCUUGCGAGUUGAAAUCAAACAGUUGUUGAAACCCUAUGUCAAUACAGGUCGCUGGGAUUCGGAUUUGGAUGCACAAGAAUCUGAUAUUGUUCCAUCACCUAAUUUAGCACCACUUAUAAACACAUUACCAACUUAUCUUGAUAUUGUGGAAAAGUCAGUUUCCAGAAUCGAUUACUUUGCCGUGACAAAUAUGGCAGUUACUGUUAUUUCAGACUUGUUGUAUGAGUACGUUAUCACCAAUAACCGGUUUUCAAAAGUAGGCGUUAGACAACUAAUUCUGGACUUCAACUACUUGGUCAGCUUUCUACAUGCGACUCUUUUAUUGAACACCAGAAGACUGAGUUCUAUCACACGCUUUGAUGACUACACAUUGUCCAACGAUGGAAAUCGAAGUUAUGUAAAAGUGGUUCAGGCUAUCGAUGUGCUAGAUUCUGUUUCUUCGUCUAAGGCGGCUAUGAUCAGGACACAAAGAAAUGCAUUAGAUAAAUUGAGAUCAGAUUAUGGACAUGGCAUAGACGCUUUGAGUAACGGUGAAGUACUUGAUUUAUUGGGUCGUAUACAGCUAUGA